AUGUCCGCCUACAAGCAAGCUGGUAUUUCUUUGAACAGAGCUUUGGCUGUUGCCGCUCAAACCGUCAGAAACUCUUUGAAGGCCGAGUUCAAGGUCGCUGCUGAGAGAAGAGGUUUCACAGAGGUCAAGGUCGCCAGAUUUGAGAACGGCGAGGCCGGCGAGGCCAAGACUUUGGGAAACUAA